GCGCUAGAGUCGCUCCAUCUGUCAAACGGCAACUUUUACAGCAGUGAGUGUCGCGACUGUGGGUGUUAGACUGUGUGUUCGGGUUAGGAAGUAUUGUUUUUCUUUGAAAAAUGUCUACAUUUCCAGCUGCGGAAUACACCCCUCCACAGCCGAAGCUAAAAAUCUGCCCAGUUGCUAAACUCAGCCCAUACCGGGAAGAGUGGGUAAUAAAAGCUCGUGUUGAAAAUAAGACAAUACAAUUAAUUUCAAAUCAAAGAGGAGAAUGGAGACUAUUUUCUGUGAAAUUGGUUGAUGAAUCUGGGGAGAUAAAGGCAACAGCAUUUAAUCAAGAGUGUGACAAAUUUUAUGGUCUCAUAACGGAGGGGAGAGAGUAUUUCAUCAGUCAAUGUAAGCUGAAACCAGAAAACAAGAUAUAUAGCCAAGUGAAUCAUGAUUACCAAAUGACGUUUACAAACGAGACAAUAGUUAUACCUGUGACGUCUCCUGGUGAGACAUUCACAGAAUCGAUGAAGCUGACACUGUGGGGUGAGCAGGCCGAACAGUUCUCGGAGACGACGGGUACUGUGCUGGCAGUGAAGGGUGCCAAACAAUUGGACUUCGGUGGUGGGCGCUCAGCAUCGGAUCUGAUGUCGAGCGGUGUUAAAGUGAACCCUGACAUACUGUAGGCACAUAUGCCGCGUGGCUGGUAUCGCAGAGUGGAUCACGGCCAGGAGCACGUCGACAUUUCGACCGAGCAGCUGGAAGCGGCAGGCUCACAAGUCCAGACUGAUGGUUAUAGUGAUAGACCUGAAGCCAGUGGAUUUUAGGAAAUACUGCAUGGAGAUUAUUCCAGACAUCAAGACUGCCAAUGGAAUGGCCUGGUGAGUAGAGCAGACAUCUGGUGCAAAGUGGGAUGAUGAGGAAAUGUGUUCUUCAUAUUAUAUACUAAGAUGGUAGCCUAUAUGAAUGUGGCAUGCAUUGAACAGUCUUCAUGAAGAUUUUGUGAAGAUGUGUAAAUAAUUUUAAAACUGA